CGGACUAGGAUUAAAGCCGUAUGGUAGGACUAAAUUGCGUUUAACUGUACCUUAUGUUGUGCAAUCAAUCGCAAGGAAAGUAACAGAAAACAAACAUUACUGCCUUUUUUAUAGUACAACGAAUGUUUGACAAAAACUAUCGUUACAAGUUCGAUCCAGGCGCCAAUCCGACUUUUAUCAACUAUGGCUCGUCAAAUCAACGCGAAAGCUCAUGGGUUAUUGACGAAGAUGAUGAAUCAAUUGCAUAAUCCACCACCGCUAAACAGUGUUGGUGUUUCGGGACAAUAAUCAGAGUCAGAUGUCGCCAACAAGUUUCUUUCUACAUUUUAUGGACUCAAGCUAUCAUUAGUAUUGGUAUGGAACCCGUUCAAGGUGUGUAACAGAUUGAUAAGGUCUAAUGAAGCUAAAUGACACUUUUGUCAUCGGUGGGGUUGCUACAAACUGUGAUGUUCGCUUUGCUAAAUUAUGGCUGAUCCUCGUCGUUUAUUAUAUAUUAGCAUUUUUUUCGUCAAGUAUAUAUUCUUCUGGAAAGCAAUUAGUGGGAUCUACAGGAUCUGCUAUAAAGAAGUUAAUAGGAUCACGUUUUGUCAUUUGAUCUCCCCGGCACAUAUAAUAUCAUUAAUUAUACUCUUACGUAGUACAGUUUUUAAACUUUCUAUCUCAAUCGACUUAUGUAUAUAUCAUCUUUAAUACCAUAGCACACGGAAAACAAGUUACAUAUUUUUAAAAUAUAUAAAAGACUUUUUAUUCAUCGUCAUUAA